AUGAUGAUGCCAGAACUUCCAGAGGAUUUGUUAGUGGAGAUACUCUGCCGCGUUCCGGCUACAUCUUUGAAACGAUUACGAUCUACUUGCAAACUAUGGAACCAUUUAUACAACGAUAAGAGAUUCAAAAGCAAACACUGCCAUAAAGCCCCAAGGCAAUCUCUGAUUCUCAUGUGGAAGAAUUUUGGUUUUUCUUCGAUUAGCAUCAAUCUCCAAAGAGUUUCACCUAUAGAGGUCACUGGUGAACUUAACCUAAUCGACCAUCAUUCUAGUUUAGGUAUGUUCAGGAACUCUCCAUUAUGUCAAACUUCUGGCUUAUUGUUAUGCGUCAACGUGGAGAAAAUUAAUACUAGGCUCGUGGUAUGGAACCCGUGUACUGGUAAAACCAAGUGGAUUCAACACAGAAGGAUGGGCUACAUCUGCAACUAUGCUCUUGGAUCCUACCAAGACAAAAAAUCCGACAAUAAUAGCUACAAAAUAUUGAGCCACGGGAUUUAUGGUGGCCAAGAGUUCGAAAUUUAUGAGAUUAACUCAAAUUCAUGGAGGAUUCUUGAUGUCACUGUGGACUCCUCUUUGUACAUUGAAAACGUUUCUUUGAAGGGUAAGACUUACUGGUUUGCUACAGAUGGAAAUGAUAAACCGUGCGACCUAUUCUUGAUCUGUUUUGAUUAUACGACAGAAAGAUUUGAACGUCUAUGUCUUCCGUAUCAGAUUCCGUAUUUUCGUAAUACAUCUCUAUCAGUUGUUAAAGAAGAGAAACUUUCCGUGUUAUUACAACCUUCCCUUACAUCGAAGACACAGAUAUGGGUGACAAAUAAGAUUGGUGAGGCCAAAGUGUUGUCGUGGAUCAAGUUUUUAACGGUGGAUUUGAAGCCUGAGAUUAAAUAUGGCAUAAAAUUCUUGGUCGAUGAGGAGAACAAAGUCCUUGUGUAUGAGCAAAAUUUUGUAAUAAACGGCAAAAACAACAUGAUAUACGUCGUUGGAGAGGACAACGAAGUUAGGGAAGUGGUGUUUAGAGUCGGAUUAAAACCAUUAUUCUUUUAUUAUGUUCCAAGUUUGACUCAAAUCCGGCAAGGUAAUGAUUAA